AUGAAUUUCAAUGCUACACUUUCCAGAUCAUCAAACACCAUUAGUUUAUCGACGGGCUAUUUUUUGACAACAGCAAGUGAUGAGGGGGAUUUAAGUUCGUUUACGAUAAGCCCAUCUCUAAGUGCUGGUUCAGCCUCUUCAGCUACAUCCAAGUCAUCAUUGAGCUUCUCUAUUGUCAUGCCCUCAAGCUUGCGCUUGGACGGUAACGAAACUGAUUCUACAACCGCAGCCUCUAGCACAGGUCCUAGGUCUACAUCAUCUUCGGGAGAGUCAGUUCAAGGAGCAUUCACAGGAUCUCAUUCGUAUAAUACCUCCAGAGGUUUAGAAGCCUCGUCCUCCUCAAGAACUCUUCUCCCGAAUGAGUUUACCUCGCUAGAAAUCUCUUCCAGCACUGCUUUGACAACUUCAGAAUCCACUGGUUCAAUGUUCGGACUUUCAUCGUCAAUUCAUUCGUCAAUUAGUUGGAACCAAUCUUCAGCAGAUAUGGCACAAACGCGAGAUUCAUCAAGCAACAUGAAAACAACGUCCUUAUCAGACACUACAUCAUCGUCUUUGCCGCUCGCUUCCUCUUCUCAGUCAUCAGACAAAUUAUCAUCAACAGGACAAUCAUCACCAUAUGCUACAUCCUCAACGCUACAGAACUCAACGCCAAUGUUUCUGACCUCGCAGACGUUAGUGGCGCCUUCCUUCUCAUCUUUACCCUCAUCCUCUUAUCAAGAAUCGGUCACCUCUUCCAUUCUAUCCUUACCUAGCUCCUUGAGUGAUAGUGGAUUCUCAAUCUCAACAAGCUCUGAUUCCAUUUAUCUUUUCUACACCCAAAUGUACGAAAUAACAGGAUCAAGUACAACUUUUGAAACUGGACUUCCGACAAAAACUGUCCUAAACAUAAACGCAGCCACAUCAGGUUUCAAUUCACAAAAGACUACAAUGACUACAGGGGUUGAUUUCUAUGAACGCUGGAUGAGAGCAAAUCAAGACCGUUCGAGAAGCAAUUCCAGUCAAGCCAAUAGAGAUAAAAUAAUAGGUGGAGUAGUUGGCGGUGUUGGAGGCUUCAUAGCCUGCUGCUUAGUGAUAUUUUUUAUAUAUUGGAAAAGAAGGACUGGUCAAAGGGAGACUGUUAAGGGUUUCAGUUCAGAAAUAGGUCGCAGGGCAGGUUACCCAUGGCCAGCAUCUGGUGAUGAUACCAACGAAGAAAAAGAUGCGCUUGAUGAUCACAAUGCGGAUACUAUUUUGGCGCGAAUAAGGAAUGGUACAAUGUUGCGAAAUAAGCCACCGCAGCAAGCACCCCUAGUAGAUGAAAGUGAUCCAUUUCAAAAUGAGUUCAACUUUGAAUCAAGAAGGCGCCCACGCCCGCCUUUGCCGCCCCCAAGGAAAGCUGCUUCAGUACAAAAUCAACCUCCAACAUCCGUUGAAUCGCGCAAUGUGGGGCAGAUACUGGAGAUGGAUCCAGAAGAGAACAGGUAUUCUUAUAUAUCAUCUAUGAGCGAAUCCUCGGCUUUGGUGGAUGAUUCAACCAUGUCAUCCACAUCUAUACGUUUGGGGAUGUAUGGUCACAACAAUACAGUUUCAGAUAGUACACAAGGAUUUUUUCGGGAGGUUAUAUAA